AUGGCUGAGCUGCUGCCGGGCCCGGAGCCGUGGAACCGCGUGAGAAUCCCUAAGGCGGGGAGCCGCAGCGCAGUGACAGUGAAGAACGGCGGCGCGGCCCUGGACCUUUGCAUUGCAGCUGUAAUUAAAGAAUGCCACCUGCUCACACUGUCGCUGAAGAGCCAAACCUUAGAUGCAGAAGUAGAUGUGUUGUGUGCAGUCCUCUACAGCAAUCACAACAGAAUGGGCCACCACAAACCCCAUUUGGCCCUCAAACAGGUUGAACAAUGUUUAAAACGUUUGAAAAACAUGAAUUUGGAAGAUUCAAUUCAAGACCUGUCUGAGUUGUUUUCUUCUAAUGAAAAUCAGCCUGUAACUACCAAAGUGUGUGUCAUCCCCAGCCAGCCAGUGGUGGAGUUUGUGUUGAUGAAGGUUUUGGGAGCCUGCAAGUUGUUACUCCGCUUGUUGGACUGCUGCUGCAAGGCCUUUCUCUUGACUGUGAAACAUCUAGGUUUGCAGGAGUUCAUUAUUUUAAACCUUGUGAUGAUUGGGCUGGUGAGCAGGUUAUGCCUUUCCACCUGUUCACAGGAGACCAGUUUUGAGUUUAAAUGUUCUCAGUCCAAAUUAAAGACAACCACACAUUCUUCUCACAAAGGGAUAGGAACGCCUUGUGUCAAAAGUUUUGUGCAAAGAUUCCGAGAGGCUGAGUCUUUCGUACAACUUUCUGAAGAAAUCCAAAUGGCAGUUGUUUGGUGUAGGAGCAAAAAACUGAAGGCCCAGGCCACCUUUCUGGGGAACAAACUUCUUAAAAGUAACCGACUUAAACAUGUGGAAGCUCAAGGUAAUAGUUUGCCAAAGAAACUAGAGUGCAUAAAAACAUCUAUUUGCAACUGUCUUCUUCGUGGCUCAGCUAUCAAAACUUCAAAGCAUCAUCUGAGACAAAGAAGAUCACAGAAUAAAUUUUCACUGAGACAGAGGAAACCACAGAGAAGGUUGCAGUCGACUCUUUUAAAAGAAAUUCAGCAGUUCCCUCAAGGGACUCAGAAGAGUGCUGCAGAUACCCGUGCUAAGUGGAAGCUCUCACGCAGUACAGUUCAUAGAACUGAUGGCUACCCUAAUGGUAAGCAGCUCUUGAGUGGCAGAGUUUCAAGUCCUAUCACACAAACUAAGGGGAAACAGAUUCACGAAAAUCUUACAGGACGUAAUGAAGAUGAAGCUGAUUCAUGGACAGUGAUGCAAGUAAACAAACACAACUCAUCAGGAACCAUUAAGGAGACAGAUGACAUUGAUGAUAUUUUUGCUUUAAUGGGAGUUUAGAUGUUCCUAUGUGAGACUUAAGUGAUAGUUCAG